AUGCACUUUCACUGUGCUCUGGUGCAGUUUGUUACGAUCAUACUUGCAACAGUUCAUGCAGUUCUCCAACAUGGCCAACUCGGCUCGCCUCAUCCGAAUAGUGGAAACGGUCCUGUAAAAACGCAGGCACCGGAAGUUGACAACGAUGACGGAGAGAGAGGUGGUGCUAAUCUCUUGCUUCAUAUUGUCAAAGAGUCCGCGUCGAACAGCAUGCCAAGAGUUCUUAGUAGGAUCUGGACGGGUAAAAGGGAACCUUUGGAAGAUGUUAGUGCUUCGUUUCGUCUUGAAGAAUUACGUGCGUUCGAAAGUCUUAAGCACCGACCGUGGGAAAACGACAUGGAAUUUGACAACAAGCGUAAAAAGCGAGUGGCUAUCAUGAAGACAUUGACGAAGCGUUAUGGUGACGAAGCGAUGGCUUCGAGAAUAAUCGAACUAAAAGGCGUCAAGCACAAGUCCAUCAGGAGACUCGCACUUCAAGCACAAUCCACGCAGGUGUACAUAUGGAAGGAGGAUAGACGAUUAUCCAAAGACGUGUUCCGCUUCCUCGAGCUUAAUAAGGCUCAUGAAUCGAAGACUGAACAACCAACCAUACAAGAAGAUGUUGUCCGGCUUUUCAGCAACGCAGAGUUCGAAACUUGGACAAACUAUGUGCACGGCUACUACGGUGACGACGAUCUAAAGGCGGAGAUAACGAUGGUCAUGAUCCUGACAUCUUCCUACGGCAAUGAUAGACUCAGCAAGAUUCUCUCUACAGCAGCACGUACUGAGGAAACAGAGACUGAGGCCGUGCGUCUGCAAGAGGCGCUGUUUAACUUUUGGUUGAACGUAAGGGUCGAUCCAGUGCAGGUCCGCACCUGGAUGAACGUCGAAGGACAGGAGAUGACCAAGAGGGAGAUGGCAUUGCUCCACCGAUACAACCAGGAUUACAGGAAUGCAUAUUCUUUGUCACUCGUAAAAUGCGGACAAGCACACGUUCCAGCUCAUCCACGAAAAACGAAAGUUAGAAAUAAGAGCUCAAGCCUAAGUAAGCUCUGA